UCAUCAACAACUCGUUUUUUUUUUCAGGUUUCGGCGCCAGGACCAUCAUACAUCUGUCUUGGUGGUUUUCUAGUCUUGGUUCGUUCCAACUCCUCUUGCUUGCUAAUGGCGAGCGUUCGUUAUCGGGUACCAUCUGGCUUGCUCCACGUUGUUAUUAAUAUAUUGCAGCGAUAUGCUGACUGUUGACCGUAGUUCUCGAUGGUCUCACUCCUAAUUAAAGAGACGGUGUGUGACUGCCAUCAAUCCCUGACCAAUGACCCAUGCCUCCCCAGCUGUAUGUCAAUGAAGUUGUUCUCGGAACCGGCUUCGGGAUUAUCAUAGGGCCUUUUGUUGCCAAUAUCUUCGCACCCCGUUCGUGGGGUUCCAUGACUAACGCCAUAACACUAGAGGUCAUGCGCAUCGUCCUCGCGAUUGGCUUGUUCGCAGCUGGAGUCGAAUUACCACGUGCAUAUAUGAAAAGUCAUGCAAAGAGCUUGUUCAUAAUGGUCGUGCCCACCAUGGCCUUUGGCUGGAUUGUGGUAGCUGCGAUUGUCCACGUAUUAUUCCCGAAGCUCAAUUACAUUUCGUCCCUUUGCAUCGCUGCUUGUUUGACCCCUACGGACCCUGUGACAUGUGCUGCCAUCACGCGCGGUAAAUUUGCCACUAAACAUGUUCCUGAAGGUAUCCGCCACAUCUUGUUGGCUGAGGCUGCAGCCAAUGAUGGUCUUGCAUACCCAUUCCUUGCGAUAUCAAUAUACCUCACCGUAGAGACGUCCGUUCGAACUGCUAUUGGCAAGUGGUUCUUGGUUGGGUGGUUAUACCAGGUCAUCCUUGGCACCGUUUUGGGCGCCGUUCUAGGCCUUCUGUUCUCCAAGCUCAUGAAGAUAUCCCAUAGUCAGAGCUUGAUAGAUCGUGAAUCGUAUAUCGCACAAUACCUGGCUCUAUCCAUCUUUACUAUGGGAGUCGCGAGCACCAUUGGUGCGGAUGAUCUUCUUGCAGCAUUUGCAGCAGGUUGUGCCAUUUCCUGGGACGGUCACUUCCAUUCACAGACAGAAGAUGACAUAUUCUCUUCUGUAAUAGAUUAUAUCUUGAACUGUGGCUGCUUCAUCUACAUCGGCGCGUGGCUACCUUUUGCCGACUAUAACUCUCCCGAGUAUGGCAUCACCCCUUGGAAGCUGGUUCUUCUUAUGAUCGCUAUCUUGCUCUUGAGGCGAAUUCCGUUCUUAUUGGUGACAUACAAAUUUGUUCCCGAGAUCACGUCCUGGAAGGAAGCUCUAUUCUCUGGCCACUUCGGUCCAAUGGGAGUCAGUGCGGUUUUCGUGUCCGUGAUGGCGUCUAAACGUUUGCCCACUCCGGACAACCCGCCUGCAGACCAAGCACAGUACCUCGCCGCAACUAUUCAGCCCAUUGUGUCCUUCAUCGUUCUUGGUUCUAUUAUCGUUCACGGGUUAUCUAUCCCGUUCUUCAACAUCGGUCGACGCGUACACUCCCGCACAACUUCGCUAACUACGACGUCGACCGGACCGUACUCACGCCGCAGGAGUCGGUAUGUUAGGUAGCCUGGCUGCAGAUACUGGUGCCAGAAAACUUUUUUAGUGUUCGCACAUAGCUACGUUCACCAUCUUGCCAGCUCCACCGAGUACUUUCCACUUAUGCCUCUCUCGCCACUUGUAACAUUCCUGAUGUCUCGAUGCCUAUUCAAACAUCCACCCUAUUGACAAAUAACAUCCAACUUGGUGACUCAUAAUUUGUCUGGGAUACCAUUGUUCCCGCCUCUCUUCGGCACUAGCACUUUCCCCCCAUAUUCGAGUACCGUGUUUUGCCCAUGCAAUAUCAUGUACUCCUAGAAGUGCAUACGCCUUGCGCGAGCGCAGUUCUUCAAGCACGAACCUAGUUAUUCGCGACCAAGCGUAAGUUGAUUUAACUCAUGCUCACUCCUGGUUGGCCUCGGGCACUACC